AUGACUCAUCUGAUACCUUACUUGAUAUUAAUCUUUUGUUUUUCUUGUGACUUUAUAAUGGACUUAAGUUAAGAUUAUUAAAUACAAACCUAAGAGUUAUCCUUUAAAUUAGAGGACUUGGCCAGCAAUUAAUAUUUUUCAUAUGGGUUGUGGAGUAAAUACUUGCCUUUAAGACAGAUAAGUUAAAUUGGUAAAAUAGGUAUUUUUGAUAGUAAUUGUUAUCAUUUACACAAUUCAGUUGAUUCUUCAACUGUGAAGAUAGAUUUAAUUUACUUUGACUGUCUUGAUUUUGAUGAGAAGAAAAUAACAAAAGUCAUUUAGUUUUUUGAUUAUGAUGGAAUAUUUCACAGCUAUGAUAUAAAAUUAGAUUAAUGGGAAUAUGAAAAUAGAUGGUAUUUCAUUUCGAUUGUCUAAUGGCCAUUAGAAAAAAGGUGUGAAUUGCUAUUUAUACUUCACCCAGAUACAAUCUUUACAAAAAUCUUAUAAAUUAUUUGCCCUUUCAGGAGUUUAAAUUAACUAAUGACUUUUGGAGGUGGAUUGAUACUUUCAAAUGAUGAGAUUCUUUAGAGUAUGCAAGGUAGCAAGCAAUUAUCAUUCUUUCCAGGAAAAUUGUAUUAUGUUUUCUUAUUGUCUUAAAUUAUGAGUUUUGACAGGAAUGGAUUAGCAAUAGCAGUUGAUACUUUUGGAGAACUUUAUAUUUGUAACUGUGAAUCAAAUAUAAAUGAUAAGAUCGAAAAUGAAAUCCUUAUUUGGCUUGAUUAACGAUAUUUUACGUCUGAAAAUGGAAAUUGUGAUUCAUUUGGAUUAUCAGGAUGGUUAAGAAUAAAGGAAAUACAUAAAAUAAGUGAUAAUUUCGAUUAUUAAUUUUUGAAAAUGAAUAAGUUCAGUUAGAAUUUAAAGUUUAAUGAUGAUAAUUUAUCGGCUUUUUAAUUGCUUUACAGAAUCUUAUCACAAAAUAAAUAUGAGAUAUUAAUAAUGACUUAUAGUUACACAUUUCCAAUUGUCAACAUAGAUUUUACGGAUAAUCCAUUUUUAAUUAUAAGGGAAAUCGAAAUUUAGAAUGACAUUUAUUUAUGGCACUAUUUAUAAGUUACAUUAUAAUAGAAGGUGUUAUAAAUAAUGAUUACAUUUUAUAAUGAAGAAGAUUAAUAUUAAUAUUCAGAUUAGUUAAACGUAAAUCAUUUUAAUGAAGUUUAAUUUCAAAUUCAUUAUGGAAAUGUAAAUUAGGAAUCUGAAAAUUACUUAAAUGUUUAGAUUGAAAAUUUCCAUUUUUAUAAUUGCGAUACCACUUUAGUUAAUAAAAGGUGUCAUCUAAGUUGUGAAUAAUGUGAUGGACCAACCAAUUCUGAUUGUAUAUCAUGUUCUCAUAAUUCCAAUAGAAUUUAUAUUCCCACAGAAAAGGCUUGUGUUUGUCACUAUAACGAAAUCGAUUAGGAUUUUUGUUAUUCAAAAGAACAAUUUCAAAUUCAAAUUAUUGAAUAUACAAAAACUGAAAUAGAAUGCGAAUAUGGAUACUUUUAUAUGGAUUCAUAAACUUGUAUCAAAUGUCCUUCGCUUAUCAAAUCUAAUCUUAUUACAUGUUUAGAAUGUAUCUUUAAUCCUCUUAAUUGGAAAUCUGAACUUUAUUGUUAAUCAUAUCUAUAUACCAUUGCAGAUAAUACAUAUAAUACAAUUAUUCAAGAUACUAAAGAAUACUAUAUUUUAAUUGAUGAUUAACUCCUGUUGUGUAAAGAUUGCGAUUAAACAAAUUUUUAAUCUGAUUCCAUAAUUUAUCAGGAUUUCUCCAAUUAAUUUUUGAUUCAAAAGGAAAUUUGUUAAAGAAAUUACUUCUUAAAUUAAUAUGACCCCUAUUGUUAUCCUUGCAAUUUAAAUCUCUGUGAAGUUUGUGUAGUCUAAUUCAAUGGACUAAUUUGCCUUGCUUGUAUAUUUAAAUUAUCCCUAAAUGAAGGCUUUUGUAAUCGAUAUAAUAAUGUUACAGGUUAUUCAAAUACUAAUGAUUGCGUUUCUCCUUAUUAUAUAACAUCAAAUAAAUAAUGUAAAAUCUGUACUAUAAAUCAGUGUAAAUUUUGUUUCGAAUAUAAUAGGCAGGAUUUAACAAAAUGCACUUUGUAUAAAGAUUUUGAAGAAUUUAAUAAAGACGAGAAUCAUUAAGUAGGAUGUGCAUUGUGCGAAGAUAAUUUUAUAUUUGAUUUUUAAAAAGGAUAUUGCAUACAUUAAAAACCUACUCUUCAGUAUUGUUUAAGAUCCUUUAUAAAUUUAGAAGGAAUAGAAAUUUGCACAUUAUCUUAAAUUGAUGAUUUCAAUAUUGCACCUGAAAUUAUUAAUUGCCAAAAAUACAUCGCAGAUUGUCUUUAAUGUGUUUUAUCUCCAUAACAGAUUAUCAAGUGUGUGAUUUGCAAAGAAGGCUACAAGAGUUCUGUUAAAACAGGUCAUUGCUCUCCUAAUAUUAAUCCGAAUUCUAAAAUAACUGCCGAAGGAAUUCUAAAUAUAUUUGAUGCUUGGGUUCAAUUAAUACAGAGUUUUUUGAUGUAAUUCCUUCCUAACUAAUAUUAUUACUAUUUAUAGGACAUGCCACAUUAGAAGUUAGAACUCUCAAUUGAAUGUUUAUAGGGAUUUUAACUGAGCUAAAAUUUAUGUUUUUAAUAUUGUGAUUCUAAUUGCCUAUAAUGUGAUAUAUCAUAGUCUUCAAAAAAUAUCUUUGAAUGCACAAGAUGCCCCUUAAAUUACUAUAGAUUACCUAAUAGAUCGAAAAAUCAAGGUAAUUGUUUAAUUUGCCCAUAAUUAUGUUCGAUCUGCUAAUUAAGAUCAAAAAAGGAAAUUCAAGCUAUCAAUCCCUACUUUAUUUUAAAUGAAGCAACUAUUCCUAUUACUUACAAAUGUUUGUAACCAGCACCCGAUCCCAAUAUUAGGAUAAACCCCAUUUUAUAGAUUGCUAAAUACUGUUUCAAUCCGAAUUGUUAGGAUUGUUAUUAACUUUAAUUUCUAAUAGAUUGUUCAACAUUAUCUUAUGGAUUAAAUUAUGGAACGGAAGCAUAUUAUUAAUAAUAUAUAAAUAAGGCCUACCUUAAUGCUAUGGGAGUUGAAGUCCUAUAGAUCAUUUUUAAUUUUUCUCAGUUAACUGCUGAUGCUUUUUGUGUAUUUGGGAAUACUCUGUAUAUAAACAAUAGGUUAAGGGAAGAAGUAUUUUCUUUAUAGAUCAUCAAAAUGUAAAUUAUAGGGGCGGUUAAAAUUACUUAAAAUUUUCAUUAUGAUCUCGAAAUUUAAAAUUUUGAAGUAGUUGAGAUCUCUCAGAUGUAUUUUUACAUGUAUUUUCCAUUUACAAUUAAUUUAUUUACCAAUAAAGUGAGUUUGAUCAUAAAUGAUACUACAUUUUAAGCAUAAGACCAGUUUAUUUAAUCUUAAUUUCAAAUAAAUGGAUCAAUUUAUUAGGAAUUCAUUUUACAUAAUGUUAUAUUUAAAAAUUUGCUUAUUAGUGAAUCAACUGUUUUCAAUAUUAAAUACAAUAGUAUCAUAGAAACAGUUUUUAUAGAAAACUUAUAAAUAAUCAAUUGCACUUUCUCGAAUUCUAAAUUCAUUUAACUUUCAGGAAAUCCAAAAAAAAUUAUCGUGAAUAAUUUAGAGAUUAUUAAUUGCUUAUUUUACAAUACUUUGAUUUUUAAUUUUUUUGAGAUAGAAUCAGAAUCAUUCCUUGUUCAAUUUCAGAAAAUUUCUGUAACUGAAACCACCCUUAAACAAUCUGUUUUAGUAAAUAAUCCUCAAAAUUUUGGCUUAACUAUAUAAGAUAUGAGGUUUUCUAAUAAUCAUCUCAUACUUUCAACUGUCUUUAUUACCAAUUUCAAAGUUUUUUGUUUAAACUUAAAUAUAAGUUAUAAUAAUUUUCUUGGAUCCCUCUUUAUAAAAUCAGAAUAAGCAAAUCAAACGAAUGAUAUUAAUAUGGAAUUUCAUAAUGUUGAAAUCAUAAGAAACUCAAUCAAUAAUUCUUCAAUAAUCAAGGUAUCUUCAGAUUUAAUUUCAAAUAGUUUUAAAUUGAUUUUGACUACUGUCAAUAUUCUAAACAAUAAAGAUGAUUUUUUAUACAAAUAGAAGUAUUAUAUAUUUGAUGUACAUGUAAAAUUAUUAUUUGUAAAUGGAAUAAUUAUUAAAGAUUGCCCAAAUCAAAAUAUCUUUUAUAUUUUUCAAACACAAGAUAUCCUCUUUCAAAACGUUUUAUUUGCUAAUACUUAGCAGCAACAAAAAGUACCUAUGAGCUUAUCAUGCUCUGAUUAAAUUGAGUAAAAUUAGCAAUUAAUUGAAUUAUAAGGGUUUCAAAAUUUAACAUUAUAGAAUAUAUCAAUUCAAAACCAUUUUAAUAUCGAUUAGAGUCUGAUUUCUAUUUUUUCGAAUAUCAUUUACUAAACUAAUCUAUUAGAAUUGAUUAAUAUCCAAAAUUUAAAAUUUUCGAAUAAUAUAUUAUUGAAGAACAAAAUUGGAAACCUAUUGUCUUUGAUAACUAUAUAUUCUGAAAAAGAAUAGGUAAUUGAAAUUUCUAAUUUGACAUUUAUAGAAAACAUAUUUAAUUAAUAUUCUGACGACUUGUCAAUCUCAUCCUCAAGUUUAUUUUACAUCAAUUCUUAAUUAAGCAGAAUAGUAUUGAUAGAUUGCUUUUGCUAUAACAAUAUGCUAACAAACUCAUCUAAUUCUUUCUUUUCAAUUCAAUCAGAUAAUACUGUUAUUUAAAAUUUGACAGUAAAAAAUCACAAUAUUAUUGAUCAAUAGAUUUUCAAGAAGUAUUAUCAAAUAGAUUUUUUAUAAUCUUUAACGCAAGAAGAGAUUUUGCUUGUUAUAAAAUCUUAUUUAAUGAUCUAAAAUAAAGGAGGAGUAGUUUAAAUUACUGCUUCUAAUUUUUAAUUAAAAGGAAGCAGUUUCGAAAAUAUUUUAGCUCAAAGUAGUGCUGUAUUAGAAAUCAUAACAAAAUUUUUGGGUAUAGUUUGUAUCAAAGAAGUUGGUUUAAAGAAUAUCUAAGUUGACUUCACUCAAACUUUAGAUAUACAUGGGAGUAUCACUAUUUACUCCUAAAAUAGUUAAUUAUAACUAGAACUAAAUAACGUUAGUUUUAUAAAUGUUUAUAACAAAUUUGAUUCUUCCUGUUUGACUCUGUUUCCAUCAAUGAAAUAGAAUAACUUAUCAUUUAAGAAUAUUUACCUUGAAAAUAAGCUUGACUUCUAAUAAUAUAAAAAUAAUCUCAAUAGUAUUAUAAUUUAGAAUAUGACGAUUAUCUAAACAAUGGAUGCAUGGUUGAACUAUUUUACAUUUGUUGGAACCUUAAGUUUAAUUGAAAUGCUGAAAAUUCUUAAUGAUAAUGCCAUAAUAAAUGUAUUUGGUAGUUCUGUUAAAAUCUUUAAUUUGAAUGUAUAAGGGGUGCUUAUUUCAUCAGCAUUGUAGAUUAUUGAUGCCUCUCAAUUUCAAUUAUUUGAAACUUACUUUACUACCAUUUAAACUUUUGUCUCAAUCAAUAUAGUUUAUAUAGGGUAGAGUAGGCUUAAUAAGAUUUAAUUAUUAAUUAGUUAGAUUGAAUUCAGUUAAUUUGCAUAAUUUAAAACUGAUUAGCAUUAGUUUAUAAUAACAAAUCUAAUCAACACCAACACCUAAUUUUCAAUAUGCUUUCCUACAAUUGAAAAAUCUCAUUUUAUUAGAUCCGAUCAUAACUUGUAUUCAAUUAUAAAUUAACUGAAUGAAUAGUAAUCCAAAAUUGGAUCAAUGAUUUUUAUCUAGAGUUGGACUAACGAAACAAGAUUGUUUUUAAAUUCUUUGACUAUCAAAAAUAAUGACUGUUCUAAUUGUUACCUAGGAAUGUUAUAUUUAGAUAUUUAAAAUGUAAAUAAAAUCAAAAUCAAUAAUCUUUUUUGUUAUUAGAACAAGUUAUUAAAAAAUGGUUGUGUUACUAUAAUGACUAAUUCAUCUUUAAAUAGUUCUAUAAUUAUUUAGAAUUCUUAAUUUAUUUAGAAUAAUGGUAGUUAAGGAUCAGGAAUUAUUUCACAUUAUAUUCAUAUUGUAAUUUCGAAGUGCAUUUUUCUUAAUAAUAAUGCAUCAACCAAGGGAGGUGCUAUAUAUAUUGAAUCAAAUUCAAACUAAUUUUAAUUUUUAAAUACAAUUAUUAUGGAAAAUAAGGCUAACUCUGGAGGUGGAAUUUACUUGGAUGGAAAUAAUAAUGAUUUAAAUAGUGUCAAUUUUAAUGGAUCAAUUUUGUAAUUGAAUAAAGCCUUGGAAAAUAGUGAUAAUUUAAUAGAAAUACCAGAUCAUUUAGAAUUAGAAAUAAACAGUUAAGAAAUGAGCUUUUAUUAAGAUAAGUAAGAUGGAAUUAUAACAAAUAUCCUGUAACUAAACUUUUAUGAAACAAUCCAACAAGGUUAGAAAAUGAAAACAUCCAUUUUGAUGAUACCAAGUAAUCAAUAAAUAGGAAAUUACGGUUUGUUUAAUAUGCAAAAAUUGGAUUAUUUUGUAUAAAUUAGUGAAAUUUCCAUAUCAUUGAGAAAUAGUAUGAAUGAAGUGUUGACUAAUUAUGGUGAUUCAAUUUGUGAAUUAAAACAAAGUGUUGUGUCCUUAGAUGGAGUAUUCAAAAAAGAAACAGAAACUUUCCAAGUUUUAUAAAUUAACAGUUAAAGCAAAAAGUAUGAUUUAGGAACUCAAAUUUUACAAUUAGAUCCUUAUUCAGAUAUAAAUACUCAACUAAAAAUACAGAUUGAUUGUAAUCCACAGUACAGUUCUAAAAGAUUAAGAUAUGUAAUCUAUGCUAAAAGUUAUUUAUGUUAAUUAGGAGAAUAUUAUGUAGAUAACGGUUGUUAAAAGUGUUAAUCAAUACAAGGAUAUUAUUCGGUCACUUAUAAUGCAACCAAAUGUUCAAUAUUUGAUAACUCUAAAUUUAAGAAUAUCACAUCAAAUUAAAUUAAUUUGAAUCCUGGAUAUUGGAGACCAAACUAUCUAUCUGAUUCAGCUGAAUAAUGCUUCAAAAAUGUUAUCUUUUGUAGUGGAGGCUGGGGAGUGAGUGAUAAUUUAUGCUUAUUAGGUCAUAUUGGAGGAUUAUGCGAAGAAUGUGAUAUUUAUAAUAUUAGAGGAAAUGGCUAAUAUAUCAAAAGUUAUACAAAUAUGGAAUGUAGCAUAUGUCCAAAGGAAUCGAUUAAUUUAUUACCCUUUGUAUUUGUAUUUUUAUGGUAAAAGUCUUUUCUUUCAAUUUUAUUAUCAGUAAGAAGCAUAGAAAAAACAAAUCAAUUAUAUUCCUCUUUGAGUUUUAAAUAGAGAUUUAGAAGAAUAAUAUUUAAACUUAAUCAAGAUCAUCAGAGUUUUUUAAUUAAAAUGCUACUGAACUAUUUAUGGAUUUUCUCACUUAUCUAUAGCUUCAAUAUUCAUUUCCCAUUCUCAAUUACAUUUUUCGAAUCAACAAGCAACUCUUCUUAUGUCUUAGCCAAUAGUUAAGAUUGUUAUUUAUCAACUUUAAUAAACACGGAUAUAGUAUACUCCAGAGUAAUUACUAUGAUAAUUGUAAUAAUCUGCUAAUUGGUGUUGUUUACUCUAGUUGCUAAACUUCAUUCAAUAAUCAAAAAGGAAUAUUUUCAGAUGAGCAUAAUAACAAAUACAAUUCUAUAUUUAUACCUAUCAAAUAAUGCAACUCUAAUCAAACAGUUUUGUUCUUUGUUAGCUAUUAGAAGAAUAUCAGAAAUUGAAUUUGUUUAAGGAAAUGUAUCAUUAUUAUUCAAUACUUAAACUCAUUUUCGAUGGAUUAUUUGGUUUAUCCUUCCAGGUUUAAUUUUGAUUGGUGUAGGAAUCCCAAUAUUUUUGUUUAUGUUAAUUUAUUUUAGAAGGGAAUCUAUAGAAAAAGUAAGAUUUAGAAGGCACAUUUGUUAUUUGCUUAAUGAAUAUAACAAAAAUUCAUAUUUUUGGGAAUAAAUUAAGAUUUGGAAAAAAACUCUCAUUAUUUUAAUAAUGAUUUAUUUUGAAACAAAUAUAAUUUUAAAGGCCUCCUUACUGGGAUUGUGCUUAUUGUUAUAUUAAACUUUGGCUUUGAAAUAUAAACCUUUUAUUCUAAAUAGUUUAAAUAUAUUGGACAUCUCUACAUGCUAAAUAUGCUCGAUAUCAAUAUUUUUAGCCUCUGUCCAAUAUGUGAGCGAUUAAUAAAACCCUGUCAUCUCCACUUUUUUGUAAAUGAUUUUAAUUAUCUUAUGGAUCAAACUUUGCUAACCUUUCAUUUUAAAAAUUUUUAGCAUCUACUAUAAAAGAUACAGGAUAGAAUUUUUAAUAUAGAUUCUAAACUGCAUUAAGAAGGUUAAAUCUAAUAUUUGGUUUGUUUAGAUUUUGAAUAAUCGAAUUCAAACAUUGAAAAAAAAGGAGAAACAAAUAUAAAUUAAUUAUGGAAAAUUAAAGUUGUAUCUGAUAUGCUGCUCUAAAAUAUCCCUAGAAUAACAUAAAAAUAUGAACUAAUAAUUGAUUCCUAUUUCAACAUUGAGAAGUAGAGUAUCUUUUUAAGAGAACGAUAUAAAAUAGUUGUUUAUUUGA